AUGGGCGUCAUUACAAAAGGAGAUUUCAUCUUGGUUACUGGAGCAUCAGGCUUCAUUGCAUCUCACACUGCCAAACAGCUUCUCCAACAAGGUUAUCGAGUUAGAGGGACUGUGAGAUCAGAAGCAAAGGGUGAAUACUUGAAAAAGAUCUUCCAAGGUUUAGGUGAAUUCGAGUAUGCCAUCGUUGAGGAUAUCACAACAGACGGCGUAUUUGACGAAGCUGUAAAAGGUGUAGAUGGAGUUGCCCAUUUAGCUUCUCCUUUCUACACUGAAGGAGUCAAAGAUCCUCAAGAACUCAUCGGUCCAGCUACAAAAGGUACUACUGGUAUCUUGAAGAGUAUCCAGAAGAACAACCCUUCUGUCAAACGGGUCGUCAUUACCUCUUCAGUUGCAGCUGUGAUGAGUACUGAUUCUCGUAAAUCCCCUGUAGUAUACACCGAAGAUGAUUGGAACCAAGAUUCUAUUCCUCAUGUUGAGGAAAAAGGUCUCGAAUCCGCAGGUGGACACGCUUAUCAAGCUUCCAAAACACUUGCUGAGAAAGCUCUGUGGAAAUUUAUUGAAGAUGAAAAACCUUCUUGGGACGCAGCAGCUAUCAACCCUCCUCUCGUGUUGGGAGAAGUCAUUCAUCAAGUUGAUGAUCCUGAGAAACUCAACACGUCAGUCGCUUAUAUUUGGAAAUGGUCUACUGGACAAAAGAGUGAAUCGGAUUUACCUGGACCAAUGGGAAGUUGGGUCGAUGUAAAAGAUGUCGCCAACGCCCACAUCAGAGCAUUGGAAGUCCCCGAAGCUGCAGGAAACAGAUUUUUGACUUCUGCAGGUAACUUGACAGGCCAGGGAAUAGUCGAUGUCGUUCAUUCCAAAUUCCCCGAAAUCAAGAAUGUCCCAGUUGGUAAACCAGGAACUCACGAUGAAGUAGCUAAAAAUCUCAGUAAAUUCAACAGCGAAAAGUCAACUAAAGUUUUGGGUAUCAAAUAUAAAUCUUUCGAAGACUCUGCUACUGAAACUAUUCAAGGUCUAAGAGCAAGGUUUGGAAAACCAUAG